AUUCUUGUAAGUUAUUAUUAUAUUUGCGAUGCAAUUUCUCGAAAGUGUUUACUUAGUAAAGUAGAGAGGUUACACCAGUUUGAGGAAAACUCCGAGACGAGAAAAAAGGUGUCAUAAAGGAGUAAGUUUUGGAUAGUAAAGGAGAUGCGUAUAGGAAUAAUCUAUAAGUUAUCGACCUGUAUAGGCAACAGUUUCUGAAAUAAUUGAAUGUUUCUACAACACGAGAUCUGAAGUAUGGUCAAAAACAUGUCGGAUCGUUAUGGAAUCAAAUAUUCUCUAGAGAAGAUGGCGGUGAAAUAUGUACCCCCAAAAAUAGAGGAGUCUAAACCGAACCACCCCUGUACACCAUGCUCUCGGGAACGAAAAGAUGUCGAAGCCGUUAACUUUUGCACCGAGUGCAAUGAAAAACUGUGUCAUGCCUGUACAACACAGCAUAAAAAGUUUCAAAUCCUUAAGACACACAAAGUUGUCGGAGUUAAAGAAGCACCUGUACAGGAAGAACCCGUACAUGAAAAGCAAAGACUGACUGAAACAUGUGUUACCCAUGCAAGUAAACUUGUCGAUUUAUAUUGUACAACUCAUGAUGAAAUCGGGUGCGCGGCGUGUAUAGCAAUCCACCACAAAGAGUGUCCUGAACCUGUUCAUAUCACAAAGCAGGCAAGAGGACUAACAAAAUCUACUCUUCCAAAAGAAAUUAGAGAAGAAAUACUGAGAGUGAAAAAAGAAUUGUUUAUGCUAAAAUUAAAGAGACAAGCUGACAAACGAACAUUUACAAAAGAAAGAGACGAAAUUCUAACUGUCAUCGCGUCACUGAGAGCCCGAUUGAAUGAAAUAAUGGAUAAAAUAGAGGCAGAUGCACGUGGAAAUCUGAACCAGAAAUUUGAAAACGAUAUGAAAGUGAUUAAACAUGAUAUACAUAGCUGCGACGAAGCCAAUAAAGCGCUCGAAGAAGCUUUGAAGAAGUUAAAAGCUGAAACAGAUUCGCAGUUAUUCGUGAAUAUUAAACGUGAUGCUAAGAAAAGUUUAGACAUGGGCGAGUCAGUAAUUAUAUCUGUGACUGAACACUUAGGUCAAGAAACGGUACACUUCACUGUUGACGAAAGUCUGGAGGAGUGGAUAGGUAGCCUCAGCACAAUUGGGAAAUUUGAUCACGAUCAAACGGCUUAUAAGGGUGCGUUAUUUGGAAAGUAUGACUUGGAUCAAAAGAAUGAUACAGACCACGAUGAGUACGUAUUCAAUGGUUCAUUAAACCUUCCGAACGGAAAGACGAUAUUUACUGACUGGAAUAACAAACGAUUGAAACUGAUAGAUAAAAGCUACAAUUUGAUGAGCCACUGUGACGUGCCAGGAAACCCGUACAGUGUGUGCUAUAUCAAUGACAACAUGGUGGCAGCGACUCUUCGAGAUGAAAAGUUGGUGCAGUUUGUUAAUGUUGCUGAUACCAAAUUAACUUUAGAUAAACGGUUUAAAAUCGACGAGUAUUGUCGGGGUAUCGCAUACAAAAGUGAUCAGCUUUACAUAACAGUUGGCGGUGGUGAAGGUGAAAUACACGGGCAGUUAAGGGUUUACUCUAUGCACGGUGGCCUGCUAAGAAUUUACGAAGAGGAUGUACAAGGGAAACCGUUCUUUACCUCACCUGGAUUUAUUGUCAUAAACGACGAUGGAUCGCGAUUCCACGUAACAGAUCACAAGAAGGGCGUGGUUACAAUAACAAAAGAUGGGCGUUUGGCAUCCGUGUUUCAUGACAAGUGCCUUAAAAAUCCUCUAGGGCUAUGCAUGGACGGUAAAGGUAAUCUUUUUGUGAGUGGACGGGAUUCCAGUAAUGUUAUACAAUUUACUGCUGAUGGAAGAAAAAUUGCGGAAGUUCUUUCAGAGACAGACGGAAUAACGCAGCCACUUGCAAUCUGCUGUCACGAGAGUAUUAACACAAGACUGAUAGUUAGCAUGGAGAACAGUUUUACUGUAAAGGUCUUCACAUUGCUAGAAAAAUAACUAUUAUUGGUGUAUUUCUUUUGUGAAUCAUCUAGACAAACCAUUUAUUGUGUAGCAUAGAUGUGGUAUAUGUAUUUCUCCAUGCAGCAAACUGCUGGUUGUAAAUUUUCAUUUUUGUUUGACCAACUUUAUGAUGAAUAAUUCCCUGUUUUUCGAAUGACGUUUAUUCCAUAUACCACUGUAUUUAUUACAUUAUGUCAAUAUACAGAACCCACAUAGUGUACCGAUCAUUUAUUUUCUUUAAUUAAUCCUAAAUAUUCUUGGGAUAGUCUUGAAGCGUCUUGGGAGUAAUUAGACCUUGGAGUAAUUAGACCGAACGAUCCUAAUUGUGCUUUAGAUUAAAAUCAUUGUAAUUUUACGUGUUUUAACUGGCUUUCCUGCAUAAUAAACAGUAAGUACCAAUUUCUCCACAAAUGAUCCAAUGUCAACGGUAAGAGAGUAUACACAUAUUUAUUGUAACUGUCACUUUUAAACACCCAGUAGACUAGAGGCUAGUUAAAAAUAUAUAGCUUGUCAUUAACAUGCAGAUCUUCAUUUCUGGAAUUCAAACAGGAAAGUUUCAAAUAAAGAAAAUGUUCAAUUUUCAAAUCGUCAUUUGCCCCUAGUUACAACCCAAGUAUCAGAUAGUGGAGAACGAAAUAAAGCCAAAAAUGUUUUAUG